AUGUGGCCAUCUUUGAUUAAGAAAGCAAAAGAAGGUGGACUCAACACAAUUGAAACAUACGUUUUCUGGAAUGCUCAUGAGCCUCAGCCUCGACAGUAUGAUUUUUCUGGCAAUCUGGAUCUUGUCAAAUUUAUUAAAACCAUUCAAAAGGAAGGGCUUUAUGCCGUGCUUCGAAUUGGUCCAUAUGUAUGUGCUGAAUGGAAUUAUGGAGGAUUUCCUGUAUGGUUGCAUAAUAUGCCAAACAUGGAAUUUAGGACCAACAACACUGCUUACAUGAAUGAGAUGCAAACCUUCACGACUUUGAUAGUGGAAAAGAUGAAGCAUGCAAAUCUUUUUGCUUCACAAGGAGGACCCAUUAUUCUAGCUCAGAUUGAAAAUGAGUACGGAAACAUUAUGAGUGCAUAUGGAGAAGAUGGAAAAGAAUAUGUGAAAUGGUGUGCUCAACUAGCUGAAUCUUACAAAAUUGGUGUGCCUUGGAUUAUGUGUCAACAGAGUAAUGCCCCAGAUCCUAUGAUUAACACAUGUAAUGGUUGGUACUGUGACCAAUUUAAACCUAACAGCAAAAACAAACCAAAGAUGUGGACUGAGAAUUGGACUGGCUGGUUUAAGAAUUGGGGAGGACAAAUUCCGCAUAGAACUGCCCAGGAUGUUGCAUUUGCUGUUGCACGAUUUUACCAGUUUGGUGGCACCUUCCAAAACUACUAUAUGUACCAUGGAGGUACCAAUUUUGGACGAACAUCAGGGGGACCAUAUAUUACCACUUCAUAUGACUAUGAUGCUCCUUUGGAUGAAUUCGGUAACUUAAAUCAACCUAAGUGGGGACAUCUUAAACAACUUCAUGAGGUUCUAAAAUCAAUGGAAGAAGUCUUGACUCAUGGUACCUCAAACAAUACUCACUACGGAAACAUGAUGACAGCCACAGCUUACCGUUAUAAUGGAAAAUCAGUUUGCUUCCUCGGAAAUGCAAACGCAACAAGCGAUGCAACAAUUAUGUUCCAAAGCACUCAGUACACUGUUCCUGCAUGGUCUGUGUCUAUCCUUAAGGAUUGUACUACAGAAGUUUACAACACAGCAAAGGUGAAUGUUCAGACGUCCAUAAUGGCCAUGAAAGACGAUGAAGCAGAUAAUAAAGAUGAUGAGCCUACCUCAUUGAAUUGGCAAUGGAUGCAUGAGCCCCAUGUGCAAAUGAAAGAUGGCCAAGUUCUUGGUUCUGUUUCUACUAAGGCUCCUAAACUUAUGGAUCAAAAGGUUGUCACAAAUGAUACUAGUGAUUACUUAUGGUACAUCACCAGUGUUGACAUUAGUAAAAACGACCCUAUUUGGUCCAAUGAUAUUAAGCUAAGAGUGAAAACCCAUGGGCAUGUACUUCAUGUAUUUGUCAAUGGAGGACAAGCAGGAUACCAAUAUGCUCAACAUGGAAAAUACUCAUUCACCUAUGAGGCAAAGAUCAAAUUGAAGCAAGGGAAGAAUGAAAUAAGUCUACUCAGUGGCACUGUUGGUUUGCCUAAUUAUGGUGCCCACUUUGGCAAUGUCUCGGUUGGUGUUUGUGGACCAGUUCAUUUGGUGGCAGUAAAGAAUAACACUGAGGUUGUCAAGGAUAUUACCAAUAAUGUAUGGAGUUAUAAGGUGGGAUUAAAUGGUGAGAUUGUGAAGCAAUACAGUCCAGAUAACAAGAAAGGAUGGAACUCAAAUGCUCUUCCAUCUGAUAGAGUUUUUGUUUGGUACAAGACCAUAUUCAAGAGUCCUAAGGGAACUGAUCCUGUUGUGGUGGAUUUGAGAGGGUUAGGAAAGGGUCAAGCAUGGGUAAACGGUAACAACAUUGGUAGGUAUUGGACAAGUUAUCUUGCUGAUGAGAACGAUUGCAUUUCCACUUGUGAUUACCGAGGAACAUAUCACCCAAAAAAGUGCAUUACAAAGUGUGGAAGACCUUCCCAAAGAUGGUAUCAUAUCCCACGCUCAUUCCUUCGUAAUGAUGAUCAAAACACGUUGGUGUUGUUUGAAGAGUUUGGAGGUCACCCCUAUGAUGUUAAACUUGCCACAGUAACUGUUGACAAAAUUUGUGCCAAUGCUUAUGAAGGACACGUGUUGGAAUUAGCAUGCAGUGAGGACCGUGUCAUCUCUGAUAUCAAAUUUGCCAGCUUUGGUGUGCCAAAGGGUGAAUGUGGAUCCUUUGAGAAAGGCCAAUGUGAAUCUCCUACUGCUUUAUCUGUCCUCAGAAGGAGAUGUCUUGGCAAACAAGGUUGCUCUGUUGAGGUUUCGGAAAGAAUGCUUGGACCUUCUGGAUGCAGAGUGCCACAGAAUAGGCUUGCUGUAGAGGCAGUUUGUGACAUAACUACUAACAAGUAGAUUUUAGUGUAUUGGAAUAUCUUUAGGACUUUCGGUAAUAAAUAAUAGUUAU